AGGGAAGAUGGCGGAGGAGGAGAAGCUGCCCGCGGGGUGGGAGAAGCGCAUGAGCCGCAGCUCCGGCCGCGUGUACUACUUCAACCACCUGACGAACGCCAGCCAAUGGGAGCGGCCGAGCGGGGGCUCGCGGGUGGAGCCGGGCCGGGUGCGCUGCUCUCACCUCCUGGUGAAGCACCGGCAGUCGCGGCGCCCGUCCAGCUGGAGGCAGGAGCGCAUCACCCGCUCCAAGGAGGAGGCGCUGCAGCUCGUCAACGGUUACAUCCAGAAGAUAAAAUCGGGAGAGGAGGAUUUUGAGUCUUUGGCUUCGCAGUUCAGCGACUGCAGCUCGGCCAAGGCCGGAGGGGACCUGGGAGCUUUCGGAAGAGGGCAGAUGCAGAAGCCGUUUGAGGACGCCUCGUUCGCGCUGAGGGCCGGCGAGAUGAGCGGCCCCGUGUUCACGGAAUCCGGGAUCCACAUCAUCCUCCGCACGGAGUGAAGUGCCUUGGGAAGCCCAGAAUUCCCGGGAAUCCCGCGGGGAUCCGGCGGGGGGCUGCGGGAAUCCGCGGGAAUCCUCGGGGAUUUGUGGGCAUUCGUGGGAAUCCCCGGGAAUUUUCGGGAAUUCGUGGGAAUC